AUGGCUACCAGAACUAUGUUUACGCCUCAGUUCAUUUUCCAAGCCUCACGAUGUGUUCUACGACCGCAAACUCUCCGUCCGUCGCAAGCUACACGGAGCUUGUCUUGCAGCGCAUGCCGUCGCCAGAGCGAAAGCGAAGCCAGGAAAUGGACAACGCCACUGGCGAAACAACUUGCAGAUGCGAUUUCGAUUACCGGUCCUGUCCCCUUGGCCAGUUAUAUGCGCAUGUGCAUGACGGGUGAUAUUGGAGGCUACUACACCGGCCUGAUUGAACAAGGAAGAGAUCAGUUCGGAACCAAGGGCGACUUUGUUACAUCACCGGAGAUCUCACAGAUAUUUGGCGAGCUUGUGGGCAUCUGGUUCGUCACAGAGUGGAUGAGCCAGGGCAAGCCGAAUAAGGGCGUCGAGUUGAUCGAGCUGGGACCAGGCCGAGGAACCCUAAUGGACGACAUACUCAGGACAGUCCAGAACUUUAAGGAGUUCGCCAGUAGCAUUGAUGCCAUAUACAUGGUGGAAGCAAGCCCAACGCUGCGGGAGGCGCAGAAAAGCCUCCUGUGCGGACCAGAUGCCGCCAUGACCGAGUCCAAGAUUGGCCAUCACAGCAUAUCCAAGUACGGCAACAUCCCCAUCGUUUGGACCGGAGUCGUUAAGGCCAUCCCGGAAGGCCCGGAAAAGAUGCCCCUUAUGGUGGCGCACGAAUUCUUCGACGCUUUGCCCAUACAUGCCUUCCAGAGCGCGAAGAAAGCGCCUCCUCCCAUACCUCCUCGGACGCCAACCCCAAGCCCGCCAAACUUACCAACCCAGCCAGAGCCUUCCGUCGUGGAGGCUGCCCCCCUUCCCGUGUUCGAAUGGCGCGAGCUCGUGGUUUCGCCCACACCACCGGAUGCGACCCACGCAACGCUCAACACACCCACGUCUGAACAGAAAGAGAUGGUACCAGAGUUCCAGCUCACCCUCUCCCCGGCCCCGACGAAGCAUGCUCUUUAUGUACCAGAGUCAUCCCAGCGCUACCGAGCUCUGAAGUCCGUACCGGGCUCCGUGAUCGAGGUCUGUCCCGACGCGAGCAUGUUCGCCGGUGACCUCGCCGCCCGCAUCGGCGGCACGGCCGAGGCGCCGAGAAAGCGGCCCGCCGGGGCUGCCCUGAUUCUCGAUUACGGCACCGAGGACACGAUACCGAUCAACUCAUUGCGCGGUAUUCGUCGCCACCGUCGUGUCAACCCCUUCACCGAGCCUGGGCUCGUCGAUCUUAGCGCUGAUGUAGAUUUUGCUGCCCUCGCUGAGGCUGUCACCGAAGCGAGUGACGGUGUCGAGGUGCAUGGCCCGGUUGAGCAGGCGGCCUUCCUCGGUCAGAUGGGCAUCAAAGAGAGGGCAGAGAUGCUGAGCAACCGGGCUGGCCUGCCGAAAGAGAGGGCUGAGGAUAUCGAGAAGUCAUGGCGCAGGCUGGUGGAUAGGGGCCCUGGGGGUAUGGGCAAGGUCUACAAGGUCAUGGCGAUUUUACCGGAGAACGACGGGCAGAGACGGCCGGUCGGGUUCGGCGGCGAUGUUUGA